AUGGAUAAUUCUUCUUAUGUUACAUAUUUGUUUAUGGAUGGACAUAUAGAACUGCAGAAGUACAGAUAUGUUUAUUUUGUAAUUACUUUUGCAGUUUAUUUGUUGAUUAUUUGCUUUAAUGCUGUUGUCAUUUUUGUCAUUUGCACGAACAAAUGUCUCCAUGAGCCAAUGUACAUUUUCAUUGCUGCUUUACUUUUCAACUCACUUUGUGGAACAGCUGCACUUUAUCCUAAACUGCUGAGUGAUUUUCUGUCUGAAAGACCAAUUACUUCUUACUCAGCCUGUCUGUUUCAGGCCUUUUCUAUUUACACAUAUGGAGUUUCAGAAUUCACACUGUUAUCAGUUAUGGCCUUUGACAGAUAUGUGUCUAUAUGUAAACCAUUGCAAUAUGCAACUCUUGUAAAAAUGUCCACUGUGAAAAAGCUCUUAUUUUUCUGUUGGUUUUUUCCUGCUUGUAAAAUCGGAAUAUUAGUAAUACUAACAUCCCAACUUCAGCUGUGUAAAUUUAAUUUAGACAGAAUUUACUGUAAUGAUUACUCAAUUGCAAAACUGAGUUGUGGAGACACAUCGGUUACAAAUUCAUAUGGACUAUUUUUACUAACUCUUACUGUAUUUCCAGUACUGAUAUUCAUAAUUUAUACAUAUGUUAGAAUAUUUCAAGUCUGUUUAAAAAAUUCCAAAGAGUUCAGAAGAAAAGCUCUGCAGACCUGCUUCCCACACCUUUUCAUUUUCGUUAGUUUCUGUAUUUUCUCUUGCAUUGAGGUGAUUACCCCUAGAUUAGAAGGAAAUAUACCUCAUACUAUUUCUGUGAUAAUACCAGUUGUAGGUUUGGUCUUUCCUCCUCUUAUCAAUCCUAUUAUGUAUGGAUUAAAACUGCAAGAAAUUUACAGUAAAAUCAAGAAAAUGAUGCGGACAAGGAAGAUACAUAUUUCAUUUUAG